AAUAUAUACUGCAGCUACAGAGAUUGAGGAAGCAGGUGGAAAAGCAUUACCUUGUGUUGUAGAUGUAAGGAAUGAAGAACAAGUAGUUGCUGCAGUAGAGAAAGCAUUUGAUAAAUUUGGUGGUAUUGAUGUUGUUAUUAAUAAUGCAAGUGCAAUUUCUUUAACAGGCACAGCCUCUACAGAUAUGAAAAGAUAUGAUCUUAUGCAUAACAUCAAUAUCAGGGGAACAUUUCUGGUGUCCAAAGUUUGUUUACCGUAUCUAAAGAGGAGUCAUAAUCCACACAUAGUAAAUAUUAGUCCCCCAUUGAGUAUGAAACCAAUAUGGUUUAAAAAUCAUGUUGCAUAUACUAUGUCUAAAUAUGGUAUGUCUAUGUGUGUCCUCGGUAUGGCAGAGGAGUUUAAAGGGGAUGGUAUUGCUGUGAAUGCAGUUUGGCCAAAAACUGCUAUUUAUACUGCUGCAAUUGAAGUGCUAUCUGGUCCUGAUUCGAGUAAUUAUAGCCGUAAGCCUGAGAUAAUGGGAGAUGCUGUUUAUUCGUUAAUUUGUAAAGACAGUAAGUCUGUCACUGGAAAAUUUUUAAUCGACGAAGAACUAUUGAAAAGCGAGGGAAUUACCGAUUUUACUAACUAUGCGUGCAAUCCAGCAAAUAAGAACAAUUUAAUGCUUGAUUUCUUCUUGGAAGACAAUCUAGCGGAACUAAGUUUGCAAGGUCAGUUGGAAAAUAGUUACUCGCAAAAGAAGACUGAGAGUAUACAGGAUAGUAGUAAAUCAAAUUUAAAGAUUGAACAAGUAUUUACUGCUAUUGAAGCUAAUUUAAGCAACGAACUAGUUAACAAAACAGGCGCUGUAUUUCAAUUUAAUGUUAAAGGCGACGAAGCUGGUACAUGGUACUUGGACCUUAAAACUGGUAAAGGUUCGAUGGGGAAAGGAGAACCAAGUCAACCCCCAGAUGCCACAUUAACAAUGGACUCUCAGAACUUCUUUGCAAUGUUUACUGGAAAAUUGAAACCAACAUCAGCAUUCAUGAUGGGAAAAUUAAGAAUCCAAGGUAAUCUCCAGAAAGCAAUGAAAUUAGAAAAAUUAAUGCAAAGUUUGAAGUCUAAACUUUAA